UUGUAGCUCGUCUACCUUACUGCGGUCACAGAGAGGCAUCGUUUGGGUUUUAACAACGUUUCGCUAACAAGUUCUUGAUCAAAAUCUGUGAGUGUCUUUCCAACUCUACCAAACUGAGCACUGGCACAAAACUGUAGUGAGAGAAUACAGAAAUCCAAAGGCUGUUGGGAACAGAUGAUGGACUUUCCAAACAAGAUAUAAAUUAAGGUUGUAGCUCGUCUACCUUAUUGCAGAGAGGCAUCGUUUGGGUUUUAACAAUGUCGUGUUCAAAAUAUGUGAGUAUCUUACCAGAUUUAACAAUUGCAGAUACAUUCAAAGACCGUUGGAAAAAAAUUAUCCUUCCAAAGAAGAUUUUGAAGUUUGUAUUUGAAAAGUUUCCACUGUAUGAGGAUGGUGAUGCUGUGUAUUCUGGUAAAAGAUGGCAAAUAUUUUUGUACAAUGUAAAUAAGACAAAACCUGAAGGGGACAAACAAUAUGCAAUAGCCAUGGUCUUCUUGAAAGACGGUACAGCCACAUUUUUUGGACCAUUUUAUCCCAAAUUUGAACCUAAAAUUAGUUUACACAGUGAAGAAAUUAUAAUUAAUCCAGUCGAUAACUUUCUGCGCAAAACAAAAACAAUGGCAGAACAUAUUUAUAUCUAUUCACUUAACUCCCCAUGCUUGGAAAGGGGACAUAAGGACCCCUGUAUGUUUCAGCUUUUAAAGAAAGCCAUUGAAUGGCAUGAGCUUUAUAACGUGUCUUUAUGCGUGGCAUACACCAAGUGUUGGGGCUUAAGCGGCCCCAAUUAUUUUAAAAUACGGAAGGCAAAUCGUUCCCCAUCUAAGAACAACUCGUUAACUUCACCUAUUGAAGACGAGGAUAAAAACACAGUAACAAUAACUACAAAAGAACUUAUGAGCCUGGAAAAAUAUUCACCUGAUCUAUAUUCUAAUAUCUCUUUCACAUUAAAUGCUAAGUAUUUAGAAGACAUUCUUCACAAAAAAGAUGUCUUCAACUCGUUAACAUCACCCUUUAGGUUGGUGGAUAAAAACAUAGCACGCAAGCAAAUUAGUUUAGCAAGAAAAGAACUUGUGAGCCUGGCAAAAAAAUCACCUCAAGGCGUGCUUGAAGAACAUUUGGACUGUGGAAGGAAGAUGCUGAAUUCUGUCAGCUUUCUUCCAGCAAUACAGAACGAAGUUUUCAAAGCAUUACUGAAUGCGUGGGAGGAAGUAGUCAACUACAGUUUAAUGACAGGAGAAAGCUUUACUGGACAAUUCAAUAAAUAUAUAUUAUAUCUCUUUUGGAAAGAAUGUAAAGUAGAUCUGGGGAACAACUGUCCCUUUAAGCUGCAACAUAUUCCUCCUAGAAAAUUUUCAUGAGCACGUCUGUGGCACGUCUGUGGCACGUCUGUGGCACGUCUGUGGCACGUCUGUGGCACGUCUGUGGCACGUCUGUGGCACGUCUGUGCAGGCGUCAGGACAGCGUCAAGCAAUUGCCACUCGUUGGUCAUCCCUGACAUGUUAGUUUAAAUGUAUUUAAAUGUAAUUUGCCGUCACUUAUUGACAAUUAUGCAAUUGUACAUGUGCAAUUGUUGAUUAAAGAAUAAAGAUAUAUAUAAAAAAUUUAACAAAAAACUGCAGAGCUUUCCUGUGAAUGCAUGCCCUCUAAGCUGAGGGGACAUACAUUCAUGACAACUUAUAUUCGAAUAAACAAGAGAUGCCUCUCUGUAACCGUAGUAAGGUAGACAACGAGCUACAACCUUAAUUUAAUCAAAACGUCCGUCCUCUGAGAGGGACGAAUAACAUUGCCCGGAUAGCCGUCCACUCAGGGGCGGAGCGAUCAGCUGUACGGUCUCACUCAGUUGGCCAUGCCCGCGGGAUAUGCCCCGCCCACCUGCCCGAGGACACGAACCGGUUUAACGAUCACAAGUGGGGCCAAUCUGUUGGACGAUUUACGCAUCCUUUCCUGCCGCAUGAGAGAAUUAUGUCUUUGGGGACUCUGCCGGUGACAGCCCAAAAAAAGAGAGGUUCCAUCAGCACCUCACCUGGCGGGGCAGGAAGGUGUGGAUCACACACUGUCGCCUGCUCUGAUGAGCACUAACUCAAACGGCUCACCGAGGACUGAAAAUGUGUCAAGUUCACCUCCGCGGUUGCCACAUAACGUGACACCCAGGCACCCGGUGGACGCCCCGGUUUGAAGACCCCGUUCAUUGGAGGGAGAAGGACAACAAGGAGGCAAACUGUUGCCGCGCCGGCACAACUUCAUUACUCACUACUUUUCUAUAUGUGACUUACCUUUGGAGGCAUUACUCAACAAGACCGUAAAUAACAUAAUAAGUGUGAUUUAUGGUUUGAGUGCUUUGUUGAAAAUGUUAAGAGAUAUUUAAUGGAUAUUUAGCAAUCUUUCACAUGUGCUUCCUCACCUCAAGCAUCCACUUGAAAUUAUCAUUAUCUGUAGGAACAAUGGACUAUUUCAUGGUGUAUACUGUCACCUUGUGGCUCGCUAUUUAUUCUACAGUAGAUAAGUAAAACUUAUUGACAUCAUUUUAACUAUGUUCCGGUUACAAAUGAAAAGAUAAAAAAACACUUCAAUGAACAAACGGAUAAGAAGGGAAAACAGAUUUUGAUUAAA